GGAGAUUUAAGGCAAAUACAGCCUGUAAUUAAAGGUGAAAAAGGGGAAGAUUUCAUUGAUGCUUCUUUAGUCAGAUCUAGCAUAAUUUGGCCUCAUGUGAGACGGUUCACAAUGGCCCAAAAUAUGAGAGCCCACAAAGACCCUGGCUUCUCCUCGUAUUUGAUGAAGAUUGGAAAUGCAACACAAGUUAAAGUGUACAAAAACAAAGUAAGCCUGCUUGAUGGCAAAGGUAAUACUAAGGAUGAUCUCAGGCUUCCAACUAAUGAAACACUGUGUGGUCAGAUAAAGAGCGCAUUCGAAGAUGGCAAGGACAACAUUGUGUCUGUCAUGUCUGCCAUGGGCGAGGAGCAGAUUUGUGGUCUCAAGGAUCUCAACAAGUAGAUCACUUAAGUGUUGAAGUCUGAACCCAAAUUGUUGAAGACUGAAAUACUAUUUUCUUCAUACUAUAUGCAAAAGUCCCCAAAAUAUUUGGUGCUUUAUAGUUUGGAAUCAUGUUCUGUUAAUGUUGUUCUAGUAAAACGUAGGAGUGUGGAUUACUCUACAUCCACACAAUGACACAAUUCUCAAUUUGCAUUCUUUAUUUAAGAUCCACUAUUACAUUAAGCGAGUACUUAUAUAAAAAUGUCACCGCAUUUAUUAAAUUUAAUGCAUUUUAUACAUGC